AUGUUCCCCGCGGCGCGGCCACCGCCAGUUCGAUCAAAGAGAAAGCAGCAGGGUAGGAUUGGUAACGACGGCGACGGCGACGGCGACGGCGAAAGCGACGACAUUGGCGGUAGUCCGGGUCAAUGUGGUGUUAUGGCGUCGACGACAGUCGCCGGUAACUCGUCAUUCGUCUCACAGCAGCACCCCGGCAAUCUCCACUUGGCAAAUCUGCAAUCGCAAUCUCAAGGCUUCCACCGCCAGAAUAGCACCUCGAGCGUUCCUUCGACGGCAUCCUUCGACCCGCCGAAUGGGAGCAUAGCGAACACCGGUUCUCAGAAACAUCAGCCAAUGUCAUCGCAACAAUCCCAACCACCUGCAUCCCAGCAGUCUUUCAGCAUGAGCCAGGCGGGUUCGCAACCACAGCCUAGCCAGUCAUCUUUUCGCAGCUACUCGGAUCAAAAUGUAUCACAGCAACCUCAAGAAGCAAGCCCAAUAUAUACGGCCGUCUACUCCAAUGUUGAAGUAUACGAGUUCGAAGUCAAUGGCGUUGCUGUUAUGAAGCGCAUAGGCGAUUCUAAGCUCAAUGCGACACAGAUUCUCAAGGUCGCAGGUGUUGAAAAGGGAAAACGCACCAAAAUCCUUGAAAAGGAGAUCCAGACUGGCGAACACGAGAAGGUCCAAGGAGGCUAUGGCAAGUACCAAGGCACAUGGAUCAAGUAUGAGCGUGCGCUCGAAGUAUGCCGUCAAUAUGGCGUCGAGGAGCUGCUGCGGCCUCUACUAGAAUAUAACAGGAAUCCUGAUGGAAGUGUCAGCCAAGCAAACCUCAACACACCCACCAAGGAACAAGCCAUGGCAGCCCAGCGUAAAAAGAUGUACAAUUCAGGUGCGGACAACCGAAACAACAAUGGCGGCGGUACAUUCUUCAAGAACAUAUCACAAACAGCACAUAGUGCCAUGACAGCCAUAAGCAAAGCGCGCUUCGACUCGCCAGGCCCUCGCGGCCGCAAUGGGCCUACCAGAGCUCCAAGCUUUCAACGCCAACCCUCAACCCAGAGCAUGGAGGAUUUCCAUGGCGGCAACUCGCAAGCAAGUAACUUUGCGGAGAACUUCCCGCCGCAUGACGUCAACAUGGCUUUCUCGGCUGGCAGCGAGCCACAACCCGGCGGCGUAAACGGCACCGAGCCUCCGCGCAAGCGCCAGAGAAUGGACAUGACGCCAGCAAACAGCUUUGGAGCGUAUGCAAACAACAGUCAGAUGCAGGCUUAUGCGGAUGCGUUCCCUGGAUCACCAACAGAACCCAACGAUUCUUUCAUAUAUACCCAGCAUGCUGCAGCCCACGACACCCUCCUUCAGCAACAACACGAUCAACAAAUCCCUCUCCAGCCCCUCCCCUACGAGCAAUCCGUAGAGGCGGAGAAUAAACGGAGCAUGCUCAUGAGUAUCUUUAUGAACGAUGGCAUGUCGGAGCAGGCCAGGGUAGACACGCUGCGGCAAAUACAUCCGCGAGAUCUUGACAUGCCCAUCGACUCGCAAUGCCACACGGCCCUCCAUUGGGCAGCAACUCUAUCACGAAUGACGAUCCUUCGCCGUCUGAUAGAAGCUGGUGCCAGUCCCUUCAGGGUCAACACCUCUGGAGAGACGCCCUUGAUGCGUGCUUGCAUCGUUACGAACUCGCAUGACAAUGACAGCAUGCCCGCGAUACUCGAUAUUCUAGGGAAUACAAUGGAGGUCAGAGACAGUAAAGAAAGGACGGUACUGCAUCACAUCGCCCUUACCAGUGCGGUCAGUGGUCGUAGCGCGGCUAGUCGAUAUUAUUUGCAAUGUUUGCUGGGGUGGGUUGUCAGACAAGGCGCCGCUAAUGGCGGCCAGUCGAGCAGCCAGACAUUCAACGGUGGAGGAACUGUAUCGCAGUCUCAGAAUGCUACUCGGCUCGACCUGGGGCGCUUCAUGAGCGAGAUGCUCAACGCACAAGACUCUGCAGGCGAUACGGCUCUAAACAUUGCAGCACGCAUAGGUAACCGGAGUAUCAUUUCACAGCUCCUUGAGGUCUGUGCAAGCCCGCACAUUGCCAAUCGUUCAGGCCUCAGGCCGACAGAUUUCGGCAUCGGAGUCGACUCUGACGGCGCCAUCAAAACAAAAGGUGACAGCGGGGGCGGCGAUGUAGAGAAUGGAGACGUUGGAGGCAGCAGUCAGAAGAGCAACGAAAGCAGCAAUGAGAUCGUAACCUCAAUUACACAUCUCCUUACAGAAACUUCAGCAAAUUUCCAAGAAGAAAUUAAAAACAAACAGAAGAACAUAGAUUCACUACACGCCACCUUGCGAUUGACAACGACUGACGUCAACGAUUUGCGUCGCAAGCUCGAUGAGGCUCAGGCUAGAGUGAAGGCACAGCAGCUGGCAAGGCAAAAGGUCUCCAAUCUUCAACGCGCCGAGGAGCGCGAGCGGUAUCGGCUCACUCAGCUGGAGCAGACAACUGGAAGGCGCGACAUUGCGUCCGCCAAUGGUUGGGAGGCCGAGUCCAACACAUUACUGGCAACAAUCAACGCGACGACCAAUGGUGAACCAGACGCAGACGCCAAGCUUCCCUCGUCAGCAUUACUACGCGCACGGAUCGAGGCUGUCAAGAAACAGACGGAGAGCACACGGCAAAGUGUCGUUGCGCUCAAGGGGCGCAGUCGAGAGGUUGAGGGUCGGUACAGGCACCUGGUGGCGCUGGCAACCAAAUGUCGUGAUGAGGAUGUCGAUUCGACCAUGGAGGGUCUGCUAAAGGCUGUUGAGAGCGAGAAGGGUGAGUUGGAGAUUGGGAGAGUGAGAAGGUUUUUGGGUGGCGUAGAAGGGGUCAUCGGGUGAGGAUUGAUUGUGGUUCCUUGCUUGCGAAAGCGUUGGGCAUGAGCAGGCUGCUUUCUCAUUUGUAUCUUUUAUUAAGACCUCGUUUCUUGUACCAAGGAUUAUGGGCGUGGAAACAUAGGGUAUGUGUCAUGGCUGGCGUUUUGAGAGUACAAAGAUGUACGGGCUAAGUUUAAUAUAUUUUCAGCGUG